CCUUAUGAAUGUAAUCAGUGUGGUAAAGCCUUUGCCCAGCGCAGUCAUCUCCAGUAUCAUAAAAGAACACAUACUGGAGAGAAACCAUAUGAAUGUAAUCAAUGUGGUAAAGCAUUUGCACAGCACAGUGCUCUCCAAAUACAUAAAAGAACACAUACUGGAGAGAAACCUUAUGUAUGUAAUCAAUGUGGUAAAGCCUUUGCAAGACCCAGUCAUUUCCAGUAUCAUAAAAGAACACAUACUGGAGAGAAACCUUAUGAAUGUAAUCAAUGUGGUAAAGCCUUUGCAAGACCCAGUCAUCUCCAGUAUCAUAAAAGAACACACAUCGGACAGAAAACUUAUUAAUGUAAUCAAUGUGGUAAAGUGUUUUCACCAGGGAUAAGUCUCCAAAUUCUG